AUGACGUUAAUCGGUUCCUUGUUUCGUCAGUUCGUUGCCGUGCCCUCACUUCCAUCAACGGCAAUCUUGAAAAGUCAAGUGCUGAAAGGGUUAUUUUUGCUGUGCAAACUAUGUCGACUGGCGGAGUGGCCAAGGCAUCUAUUCAAGAGUCUCAUCCCUCAUCGGCUACCAAAAUCGACAUCUGGAACCUGGAUCUGCAGUCUUUUGAAUCAGUACUCUCUAUUGGAAGCGGGCGGCCGACUUACCCAGACUCGACGUUGCAAUCUUGAACGCGGGAGUAUUCCCGUUCCAAUAGACAACAUCGUCGAAUGGAUGUUAGACUGGUCUCCAAGUCAACCAUCUUGCAACGGCUAUGUUAACACUAACUUUGAUUCCAACCUUAAAGAGGUCUUCGAGAGAGUUGAGGCGACCUCACGCCUUACCUUCAUUUCAGCCGAAGCCCACGACCUAACCAAGUUUUCAGUACAGUCAGCAGAGAAUACACUAGGGAUGCUGAGCGAGGAGGAAUGUUAUAAUGGACCUAUUAACAGGUAUUGCACUUCGAAACUUCUGAAUAUCUUCUGGGUGAGGGGACUUGCAUCACGAUCGUCACGCGAUGAGGUUAUCAUCAUCUUCUUCAAUCCUGGCGCUGUGAACACGGGGAACGGGCCGGAAAGCCAUGGUGAAUACAUGAGUGAAGAGAGAAUCCGAGAGCCAUCGAAGUUGGUGCGCAGUGGCGAAGGUGCAGUACUUCGAAAAAAGAUGUGGGUUGAGACUGAGGCUUUACUGCGGCAACAUAUUCCUUCAACAACUGGAAUGGGUGAUCGUUUUCGACUAUGA